GAGUGCCCAAACGUGGCCGCGCAUGGUGUCUCCGCAUGUGUGACGUAGUAUUUUUUUGCGGGAGUGCGCUUGCCAGACAGGACUCGUAUGGAAAGUCAGAGCAGAGGAUUUGGUGAUCACUUGUUCAACUAGUGUGUGUGUGAGAUCACUAUAAGACAGACAUGUCGGGGGAUAACGAAGAAGCACAGACGGUCGAGGAGACAUCGGUGGAAGAGAAGGAUGUCCAGGACAAGGUGAUCAGUCCUGAGAAGUCAGAGGAGGCUAAGCUGAAGUCCAGAUACCCAAAUUUGGGAAAUAAACCCGGUGGAUCUGACUUGCUUCGUAAGCGCCUCCAGAAGGGGCAAAAGUACUUUGACUCUGGCGACUACAACAUGGCUAAAGCCAAGAUCAAGAACAAGCAGUUGCCGACAGCUGCUCCAGAGAAGACGGAGAUCACAGGGGACCACAUCCCCACCCCCCAGGACCUGCCCCAGAGGAAACCCUCUCUUGUGGCCAGUAAACUGGCAGGCUGAUGCACACACAGCCCCUGCAGCACCUCCCAGCCCUAACCCUCUCCACUCCAGUCUCAGAGCUGUAACAUUUACCUUUCCCAGCCCUCCCACUACCUGACCCCUGCCUCUGCACCCUCCCCACCCAACAGACCCACACCAAGCACCCAACGAACUGGAUAUCUGAAAUCUUGUUUAUUUUUAUGUCCUUCCCACCUGAAUUUGCCUCCUCUCCUUGUUGUUCUCCCCUUGAUUAUCCUCUAAACUUCUGUCAUUAUCUUUUUACUUUUCCAUGUUGCUUUUUAUUUCCUCUCAACUUCAAUGUCAGAUACACUGCAAAACUGGACAUCUAAAUGUGAGUGUGAAAAGUGAAGUGUGACACCUCUGAGGAUGAUACCACGCUAUUUACUGGCUGAAGAGGGGGUCGAGCAGAGGAAGUUGCGCCCUUUAUGGUUUGAGGGCUUUAGCAUGGUCUUCAGGAUCCCUCUGUUUGGAAGUGUGUGUAUAUAAAUAUAUAUAUAUAUUUUCUUUGGUUUGGCACAGAGGCAGAUGUCGGCCGUUAAGAUCAUUUUACAUCGGAUUUGUAUUAUUCACUAUAUGUCCUUAUUCUUCAUUAUGCUUGUGAUUUACUGAAAGUAGUAAUCUUGAGGCCAAGCUCAGUUUUGUUAACACUUUGAUUGUGAACCAUGGGAGGAAUGUACAUUUCCCCUCUGUGGGACGAAUAAAGGUAUUCUGAUUCUGAGGAAGCUGUACGAAAGGACCGCAGAGCGACGGCCGGAGUGUUAUAUGGAACUGCAUGUGUGCGCAGGGCUCCCAACGGCGAAACGCACUGACCUCCAUUUUUGUUUCAUUAAGGUGCACUGAACCCAGACAGGAAAAGCUCAGGUGCAGCAUACAAGCACCGGGUGGCAUGUUAAUGAUGCUAUAAACACAUCUUGAAAAUUUGGAGAGGAGACACUGCUUCAGGUUGAACUGCAAUGGUGAAAAUGUGCACAGUUUUUAUGAGGUGCCAUCCAUUUCAGCGUCGAAUGAAGACGGUUUUUCCUCAGGUCAAAGUUUCUGUUUACAAGUUGUCAUAUUUGGGAAACUAUCAUUCUAGAAGACAAGUUUAUGGGACCUAAAAGCAACAUUUCUGUCAGUAGGGACCAGUCUUUGGGUCCUGUUUGCUGUGCGAGCUAAAUCUACCAUAAACAAAUGUACUGGGGGCAGCUCAAGGCAUUAGGAACAAAUAUUGAAAUUAAAAGUGUUCAGAUUUGAAAAAAACGACUUCUAUAUACAUAAGUCAAAGGAGUGUUAUAUUGUAAAAUGUCCCUGGAACUGUUCAGUGCUUUUCCAGGGUCCUUACUGACUGGAUGAAGUUUACCUGUGAUGAGGUGAAUCAAAGCUAGCACAACAUCCGUCUGAGCUGUGCAUGUGUAUGGCUGCCCUGCUGUCACUUUGUGCCAUUUUGUUUUGUAAAUAAAAUAGUUUUGCACAAAUUUAA